GUCGCGGAAGCCAGCCAACCACCCUCCUGUCUCUGCCUCCGUCCCCUCCUCUUCCUUCUUCUGCCUCUCUCCUUGACUCCGCCUCCGAGAGAAAGAUCUCUUCUUGAGCCACGGAUCGAUCUAGCAGUCCACCAAUUACCCUCUGUUUGGCCCUCCUCCGCCCCCCGGCAAUCGGUCUUAAGAGGCAGUUUACUUCUUUUCAUAUGGAAAGAGUGAGAAAGAAUUGAGGGAAUAGAAGAAGGUUCGACACCAUGGGAGGGAUUUGCUCGAAGGGAGCUGCUGUCGAUAAAUCGCCAAGCGAAAUCACUCUUAAUGCUAUUGGCCUCAGAGAUGAUGACAUGAUUGGUUACGAGUCUCAUGGGAAGGAGAAGAGCAAUUUGAAGACUGCACCGGCGGCUGAAACUAUGGAGAAGGGAUUGCAUGAACAACCCUACUCGGUACCCAAAGAGCCCCAAGAUCUUAAAGAACCACAGUUGUCCAGAGUUCUUUCCCAGAAAGCCAAGUCAACAAAGUCAAAGCCAGCUUCCUCUGGGAAGAUCGCGACGGCCAAGGUCUCAGAAGUCAGCUCACUUUGGGGCAGGGCCGGUACUGCUGGACUUGGAAAAGCAGUGGAGGUUUUGGACACCCUUGGUAGCAGCAUGACUAGUUUGAACCCCAAUGGUGGGUUUGUUUCAGCAGUUGCAACGAAAGGCAAUAAAAUAUCAAUUUUGGCUUUCGAGGUUGCAAAUACAAUAGUCAAGGGUGCCAAUCUCAUGCAAUCACUUUCAAACGAAAACAUAGAGUAUUUGAAAAAUGUGGUGCUUCGCUCAGAAGGUGUGCACAAUUUAAUUUCCAAAGAUAUGGAUGAGUUGCUGAGGAUUGCUGCAGCUGACAAAAGGGAAGAGUUGAGAGUAUUUUCAGGAGAGAUUGUUCGAUUUGGUAAUCGUUGUAAAGAUCCUCAGUGGCACAACCUGGACCGCUAUUUUGCCAAACAGGAGUCAGAACUUACACCUCAGAAGCAGCUGAAAGAAACGACAGCAGGUGCAAUGCAUAAUUUGAUGACAUUGGUUCGUCAUACAGCUGAACUGUACCAUGAGUUGCAUGCAUUGGACAGAUUUGAACAAGAUUAUCGGCGGAAACACCAAGAAGAGGAGAACUUAAGUGCAGUUCAAAGAGGGGACAAUCUUCAAAUUCUAAGGCAGGAGUUGAAGAGCCAACAGAAGCAUGUAAAAAGCUUAAAGAAAAAAUCACUUUGGUCCAGAAUUUUGGAAGAGGUCGUGGAGAAGCUGGUAGACAUUGUUCACUUCUUACAUCUGCAGAUUCAUGAUGCCUUUGGGAUUGCUGAUGGAGAUAAACCUGUGUGGGGUUCCACCAACGGUCAUCAAAGUUUAGGGUCAGCUGGCCUUGCAUUGCAUUAUGCAAAUAUCAUCACUCAAAUUGACACUCUUGUGUCACGAUCAAGUUCUGUGCCUCCAAACACAAGGGAUGCAUUGUACAAAGCAUUGCCUCCCGGCAUAAAAUCCGCUUUACGUGCCAAGUUACAAUCAUUUAUGGUCAAGGAAGAGCUCACUGUUUACGAAAUCAAAACUGAAAUGGAGAAAACAUUGCAAUGGCUUGUUCCGGUUGCCAACAAUACGAUCAGAGCACACCAUGGCUUCGGUUGGGUUGGGGAGUGGGCGAACACAGGGGCUGAGUUGAAUUGUGAACAAGCGGGGCAGACCAACUUGAUCAAGAUAGGGACACUCCACCAUGCAGACAAGAAUAAAACUGAGGCAUGCAUACUUGAGUUGGUGGUGUGGCUUCACCAUCUAAUUAGCCAGAUUAGGUCUGGCAACGGAGGCAUCAAAUCUCCCACUAAAUCCCCAGUUCGUUCCCCCACAAAGAAGCGACUGGUUAUUCCUUUGGCACAGAACCAAGCUGUCGCACCCACAUCCAUGCUUACCCAAGAAGAUCAAGAAAUGCUAGGAUAUGUCGACUUCAGAAAACUUAUACCGGGGAUAAGCAAAAGCCAAGAAUUCCACACUGCCAAUUCAAGAUUGAGCAAGCAUGACAGGUUGAGUAAGAGCAGUAAUCAUUCUCCAACAUGUGAGAAUACACAGGAACUCUCUUCAUUGAGGAAGUCAUCAGUGGGCCCCAUCCAUGAUUUUGACAUUGAUAGGAUUAAAGUUUUGGAUGUAAUUGAUAGAGUGGAAAAUCUUUAGAAACUAUGAAUUGUAUAUGUAGCUGUCUGCACCACAAGCUUGUGCAUUGAGACUUAGCAUUUAGGGUACAAUGGGAUUAUUGGUAGGGGAUACUCUCAUAUUGGGUAGAGGCAGCAGUGUAAGAUAAACUAGAGUGGCAGAGGAAUGGGCAUAUGUCUUUGUAUGUAACCAGAGCGAUAGUGAUCAUGGUUGAUUAGUAUUAUAUACAGGGGAACUGUUCCAUAUUAUUUGCGCAAAUCAAAGGGACGAAUUAGGCAGCAUCAUUGAGUUUGUAAAAGGUAUGUUUUGAUUUUUCUAAUAAUCAAGUUUCAGUUAUUUUUCUGUCA